GAGAGAAAUCCAUAUGAAGUUUAAUAAGGAUAAGAAGAAAUAAUGGGAACAGCUCUGAAACUUCCAAUCAUCGAUCUUUCUUCACCGGAGAAGCUCUCUACUUCCCGAUUGAUUCGUCAGGCUUGCUUGGAUCAUGGAUUCUUCUAUCUAACGAAUCAUGGCGUUCCGGAAGAGAUGAUGGAAGGAGUGUUGAUGGAGAGCAAGAAACUAUUCUCUCUUCCUCUUGAUGAGAAGAUGGUGAUGGCUCGUCGUGGUUCUCGUGGAUACUCACCGUUAUACGACGAGAAACACGAAUCCUCUGCCACCUCCAAAGGUGAUUCCAAGGAGAUGUUCACUUUUGGAUCUUCAGAAGGAGUUUUGGGACAACUUUACCCUAAUGAGUGGCCUCUUGAAGAGCUUUUGCCGCUUUGGAGGCAAACCAUGGAAUGCUACUAUAAAACUGUCAUGGAUAUUGUUGGUAAGAAAUUGCUUGGCCUAGUGGCUUUGGCAUUGAAUUUGGAGGAAAACUUCUUUGAAAAAGUAGGAGCCUUCAAUGACCAAGCAGCAGUUGUUCGUCUCUUACGUUAUCCAGGAGAGUUGAAUUCAUCUGGAGAAGAAACAUGUGGUGCCUCUGCUCAUUCAGAUUUUGGAAUGAUAACUCUUCUUGCAACUGAUGGAGUUGCAGGGCUUCAAGUUUGUAGGAAUAAAGAUAAAGAACCAAAAGUUUGGGAAGAUGUCGCUGGUAUUAAAGGGACUUUUGUUGUCAACAUUGGCGACCUUAUGGAAAGAUGGACUAAUGGUCUUUUCCGAUCAACAAUGCAUAGAGUGGUGUCAGUGGGAAAAGAACGUUAUUCGGUUGCUGUAUUUGUCGAUCCAGACCCAAACUGUGUUGUAGAGUGCUUGGAGAGCUGUUGUAGUGAAACAUCUCCUCCCAGGUUUCCACCGGUCCGGGCCAGAGACUAUUUCCACGAGCGCUUCAGUCAAACCCUCGCCUCGUACUCCGGUUCCGACUGAGAAGCUAGCUCCAGAUUUUCUUAAAUAAGACAUGUGUCAAAUGUUUGAGUUUUCACUUUUGCUUGGACAUGAAAUAAUACCAAAAGGUGAUAAAACACUGAAAACUUGAAACCGUAUCUUGUAAGGUGUAUUUUCGAUCAAUAAAUGUAUUAAUUGUAG